AUUAAUGGAAGGACAAAAUCAAGGAGGAGAAGUGAGAAGACUUCAUAUCAUAUAUUUUCUUAGUAGAAAAGGUCGUAUUGAACAUCCUCAUCUUAUCAGAGUUCGUCAUUUCUCUAGAAAUGGCAUUCGUCUUAGAGAUGUUAAGAGAUGGUUGGGAGAAUUGCGAGGAAAAGACAUGCCUGAAUCUUUUGCUUGGUCAUAUAAGAGGAAAUACAAGACAGGAUAUGUGUGGCAAGACUUAUUGGAUGAAGAUCUCAUUACUCCAAUUUCGGACAAUGAAUAUGUCCUUAAAGGAUCCGAAAUUCCAUCUACUACCCCUAUUAAAGAUGGUGAAAAAGGAGUAACAACAAAAAUGCAACCAAAGGAACAAAAAAAACAAGCAGAAGAUUUUCUCAUGGAUUCAUCAAAGAAAAUCCCUUCAGAAAUCGAAGAAGAAUCUCAAAACAUUGGCUCUGAAACUUCUACACUCACCACAGAUUCACCAAAAUUCCAAGAAGAAGAAGUUGGUAACAAAUUCGAGAACAAUUCUUCUUUUUCUUCUAAUUCUUCUUCCUCUGUUUCUUCUUUUGGUUCAAUGAAAACCAAGAAAAAAACAGAGGAUAACGAAGAAAAGAUAAGCACUACUCUGAGUAGUGAAAAAACAUCGAAAACCCCAAAAUUCAAUAAAAGUAGAAGCUAUUCAAAUGGGGCUUCAAGUAUUUUCAGGAAUUUGAUUACUUGUGGCGCUGUGGAUACUAAUGACUCUGGAAUUAUUCCACUCAAAAAGAAUAAGACUUCUUUAAGUGCUGCUGCUUCUGCUGAAAAAACAGUAAGUUUUUCGUCAGAGAUCUGUAAAGCUGACAAAAUUGGAGGAUCUCAGAGGAUUUUUGGUACUGCUUGGAAUCAACAACAGACUAACGGAAGGAAAAGCUAUGAUGGGGCAUUCAGUAACAAAAGUGAAUUUGGUAGUCGUAGAUCAAUGUCUGCUAAUUAUAAGCCAAUCAAUGGACCCAACUGCUCGCAAUGUGGGAAGCCAUUCAAGCCAGAGAAACUUCAUGCCCACAUGAAAUCCUGCAAAGGGAUGAAAGCUCUGGCAAAGGGGGCUAAUUCUGUUACCUCUGCUGCUACUGACAAGACAUUCGAGGAUGCAUCAAAAGUGGAUUCUGUUUCUGCAAACUGUUUGACUCAUUAAAUGCGAGCUUUCAUUUUUUUAAAAUUAUUUUUAUUCACCUUCUAUCGGAAUUAGAUUAUGUUUUUUUUUUUUUUAAGAACUUGGACAAGCCUUCCAUGUAUAUUUUUGAGUAAGAAGGUUCACAGGCAAAAAGCCUA